ACAGGAGCCGCUAGAGCCGCCCGCCAGACAGGAGCCGCUAGAGCCGCCCGCCAGACAGGAUCUGCCAGAGCCGCCAACCAGACAGGAUCUGCCGGAGCCGCCAACCAGACAGGAUCUGCCAGAGCCGCCAACCAGACAGGAUCUGCCAGAGCCGCCAGCGAGCCAUGAGCAGCCAGAGCCGUCAGAGCCAUGAGCGUCGAGAGCCGUCAGCCUGCCAUGAGCGUCGAGAGCCGUCAGCCUGCCAUGAGCGUCGAGAGCCGUCAGCCUGCCAUGAGCGUCGAGAGCCGUCAGCCUGCCAUGAGCGUCGAGAGCCGUCAGCCAGCCAUGAGCGUCGAGAGCCGUCAGCCAGCCAUGAGCGUCGAGAGCCGUUCAGUCAGGAUCUGCCUGAGUAUCUCAGCCGGGACCUGCCCCUUGUCCCGGUGCUGCCCCUUAUCCCGGUGCUGCCCCUUGUCCCGGUGCUGCCCCUUGUCCCGGUGCUGCCCCUUAUCCCGGUGCUGGUCCUUAUCCUGGUGCUGCCCCUUAUCCUGGUGCUGCCCCUUAUCCUGGUGCUGCCCCUUAUCCCGGUGCUGCCCCUUGUCCCGGUGCUACCCCUUGUCCCGGUGCUGCCCCUUUUCCCGGUGCUGGCCGUUCAUUUAGGGGAUGUUAGUUUGAGGGUGGUCAUUGGGAGGGGAAGACAGAAGCGGGGAGUGACUAUGGUGGUGUGGGGACAGCGUCCAGAGCCUGAGCCACCACCGUGGUCAACUGCCCACCCAGACCCUCCCCUGGACUUUGUGCUGGUGCGCCCGGCGUUCGCACCUUGAGGGGGGGGGGUUCUGUAACGUUCCUGACCUAUUUUUAUGUUAU